AAAGAAAAAAAUAGAUAGCAGAGAGCUUAAUUCACUCUAAGAAAGAGGAGAGAGAAGAGAGAGAGAGAGAGAGGGAGCUUUUCAAUUCCAAGUCAAACACAAGUAAAAGGCAACACCUUUCCCUUGGACCCCUUUGUAAUAACAAAUCAAGAACCUCUUCCAAUGGAUCCACCGCCUCUCCCACCACUUCCGGCCGCCACGCAACUCGGCUACCCCGAUUCACUCGACUCCUCCCCCCGAUCCCGCAAUGCCGACUCUUCUUGGGAAGCCGAGCCUCUCCCUCAGGUCCCCGGCGCCAAGCUCCGCCUCAUGUGCAGCUACGGCGGCCACAUCCUCCCCCGCCCGCACGACAAGUCGCUCUGCUACGUCGGCGGCGAGACUCGCAUUGUCGUCGCCGACCGCCACUCCUCCCUCUCCGACCUCUGCUCCCGCCUCUCCCGUACUCUCCUCAACGGCCGUCCUUUCUCUCUCAAGUACCAGCUCCCGACGGAGGACCUCGACUCCCUCAUCUCCGUCACCACCGACGAGGAUCUGGACAACAUGGUGGAGGAGUACGACCGCACCUCCUCCUCCGCCUCGCCGUUGAAGCCGUCGUCGCGGCUCCGUCUCUUUCUUUUCUUCGGCAAACCGGAGACGGCGGCGUCCAUGGGGGCCUUGCUCGACGACGCCAAGUCCGAGUCGUGGUUCGUCGACGCGCUCAACGGCUCGGGUCUGAUGCCGCGAAACCUCUCCGACUCGGCGGCCACCAUGGACUGCUUGUUGACCGGCGGGAGUGAUUCUUGCAACGACUUGGAGGCGGCGGCGGCGAGUCAAGGCGACUUGUUUGGGGAUCAUGACAGUGGAAAACCUAGUGUGGCGGUUCAAGAAGUGCAUUCGAUUUCGGAAUCGGCCUUUGUGGAGAGCAAUACGUCGUCCUCUGGGUCGUCUUCUUCGUCGCCUUGCUUGUCAAAUUUGCCGCCAAUUAGGGUUAGAAUGGACGGAAAUGUGGCCGGAGUAGUGCAGGGUCAGAAGCCGGCGGGGAUUGAGGAGCAGUUUGCUCAGAUAAGCUUUGCUGCUGCACCAACAAUGGUGGCUGCUGGUGGUUCUGGAGCUUUGAGUACUAAUCCUAUGGCUGUGAACUCAGGAGGAGGUGAAACUAUGAACAGGAUCAACUCGGAGGAUGAUAUUUCUGGUCAGAAUGUGCCUGUGGGUUUUCGAAAGCCGCCUUUGCCAAUGCCAUUGCAGCCGCAGCAUUUUAAGCAGGGAGGUGGAGGUGGAGGUUAUAGCUUGCCUUCACCGGAUUCGGUUGCAAGUGAUAGUAGCAUUGCGUCUGCAAACUCGCUGUCGAAACCAAUGUACUAUCAAGAGCAAGUUCAAGUUGCAGCUAGAGAUGGCAGAGCUCCUGUUAGCCCGAAUACAACAAGUGAUGCUUUGGAUCAGGGUUCCCGAAACCAAGUUCAACAAGUUCAGGAUUCAGGGUACAGUGUGCCUCCGCAAUCAGAUCAACAACAGCAAAUUCAGCUUCAGCAACAACAGCAGCAACAGCAACAACUGCUACAGCAGCAGCAGCAGCAACAACAACAACAGCUCCAACAGCAGCAUCUCCAGCAGCAGCAACAGCAGCAGCAACAAUUUGUCCAUGCAAGCGCGCAAUAUAUGAAUAUUCAGCACCCUGGUACCGGUCAAGUGCCAGUGUCACCGUACUACACAAUGUAUGCUCCACCAUCGCAGCAGCAACAGCUUCAUCACCAAAUUGAUCAUCAGCAGCAGUAUCCAGUCUAUUUGAUGCCUGUUGCACAGUCGCAACAACCAUACAAGAUGGCUCUGCAGUCUACAAUAGCUGAUCCAACUGGUGUUGCCUCGACCCGCAUUACUUCCCAAAACCCUGCUGCUUACAAGGACAGUAUCCCACCCAUUUAUCCCUCAAAGACAGCUUCACCUGCUAUGCCUGAAAUGACUCAAAGUGUUUACCAGACCUCUGUGACACCAACUCCUCAAUUAGUCCAAAUCCCUUCCAACCAAUAUCAGCAGCAAUUUGUUGGUUACUCUCAAAUGCAUCAUCCUUCUCAGUCCAUUGCUGUUCCUUCCUCUGCGACAGCACCCAACUAUGCGUACGAAUAUGCCAAUCCUUCACAUGAACAAGUAUACUACACCCAGCAUCAAGCAGCCCCAUUGCCUUCUCAAUAUCAAUCCAUGACUCCAGCAGCCGCCGCCGCAGCAGUAGCAAUGUCAGAUGAAUCAAAGCAGGUAGCCGCAUACUCAGCAGCAGAUCAAAGCCACACACAAUCAACCCCCCCCCACUCUCAAAAUAUCAGUCUCAACUCCCAACCCACUUUGAAUACAACAAAUGCGCCCCCAACACCUCCAAAAAUCUCACCUUUAAUGGCCGCCGCCGCCGUCACCGCCGGCUUCGGUCACCUCUCUUUCGUCCCCAAGUUCCCAUCAACCCAAGUCAGGACCUUUGACUUCAAGAUCACCUCCUGUCUCUCUCUAAGGCAGUCAAAUGACCCAACUCUCGCCUCCCAAAACGACGCCGUCCCGUUCGGCAGCCUCCGUGUAGUCUUCGCCACCGGUGGCACCGGCGGCCACAUAUACCCGGCCGUCGCCAUAGCCGACGAGCUCAAAAGCACAGACCCCAACGCCCAGAUUUUGUUUCUUGGCAUACCCAAAAGCAUGGAAAGCAAGGCCGUCCCCAACGCCGGCUACGACUUCGCCGCCGUCCCCUCCGCCAAGUUGCACCGCCCGAUUUUGUCACCCAGAAACGUGUUUCUUCCCUAUUACUUGAUCAAGUCAAUAGUAUGGAGCUACUUUAAAUUGAGGGAGUUUGAUCCUAAUGUUGUGAUCGGAACCGGCGGGUAUGUGUCUUUUCCGGUAGGCAUUGCGGCGGUGCUGAGAGGAGUGAAGCUUGUGAUUCAAGAACAGAAUGCUGUUCCCGGAAUAGCCAAUUGGGUGCUUUCUUUUUUAGCUGAUGUUGUGUUUGUGGCUUUUAAUUCUACUAUUGAUUGUUUCCCAAGUGGGAAUGGCAAGUGUGUGGUGUGUGGGAAUCCGGUGAGGUCGUCCUUAAGGCAGAAUGUGUCUAAGGCGGUGGCCAGGGGGCGGUUUUUUCCUAAGUCUGGUGAGAUGGGAGAGGAGGAGGUGGAGAAGGUGAAGGUGCUUUUGGUGCUUGGAGGGUCUUUAGGUGCUAAUGCCGUGAACAUUGCUAUGCUGAAUUUGUAUUAUCAGAUGCUGUUGGAGAAGGAGGACUUGUUCAUCAUUUGGCAGACUGGAGUGGAGACCUAUAAUGAGAUGGAGAGCCUUGUUAAGAACCAUCCGCGGCUCCUUUUGAAGCCGUUCAUGCAUAAAAUGGAUCUGGCAUAUGCAGCUGCAGACCUAAUAGUUUCGCGAGCUGGUGCAAUGACUUGUGAUGAGAUCUUGGCAACUGGGAAGCCUUCCAUUCUGAUACCAUCACCAGAUGUUGCUGAAGGAUAUCAAUUCAAAAAUGCUUCUUUGAUGGCAGACUUGGCAGGUGCAAGGGUUAUAACUGAAGAUGAACUUGAUUCGACAACCCUUGGAAAUGCAAUUGAAGAGAUAUUAGGGGAUGAAAGUAAAAUGGCAGAUAUGUCCGAGAAGGCUCUGAAAGCUGCGAACUCCAAUGCCUCUGUAGCGAUUGCACAGCAUGUCCUUUCUCUAGUCAGCUUAUCAAGAGCAAAGAAGAAGUAGACUUAAAAGUCGGCUUAUCUUCUAUGUUUGUGAUAGAUCCAGCUUCCACGCUCCAUUGCAGUCCACCAAAGUUAAUUUGUUAUAUGCAGAAGCUCAAAGGUUUCAUAGAAGUUGAGUUCAGGAAAAUGUCAUGAAUGUAGGUAGCUAGGUUUCUAGAGUUCUUUUCACUCCAAUCAUUGUUAUUCAAGAAGGAUCAUAAAGAAUCUUUCCUUUCAUCCUUCUGGCAAAGGGUUGAUGAGAGGCUUGGUAGCUAGGAAAGUUGAGUCAGGAUCUUUAAACAUUACAUAACUUCUUUGCCAAGCUGUUCCUAACAUGGUUAGGUACUGCAUUCUGUUGUAUGAAGUCACCAAUUUUCACUUUUUUAUCAAAGGAAUCUUAUGCUAA